AGAAGACACUCACUGCGUGACGUCACACAAUCAUGGCCGCCUCCUGAGUGCAACGAGAAAAUGUCAUAGCGACGAGCAUCAUUGUUUAGUUGUUUUUGGCUAAUAUAUCAAUUUUAGACAUCUUUUGUAUACUUUUGGUAAAAUGUUUAACGCAACAGUGCGAAGGAUAAGGACACCGGCAUUUAAAAUAACUAAAAUCUGCAAAUCAAAAGACUGUCAUAGUGUCCUCUAUAUGAUUCCUCAUGGACGUCGCUUCUUGUCCACCAGCUCUUGUUUAUAUGGGAAGAUUCUUCCGAGGAAGAAACCUCGGGUGGUCCCCGAAAUAGCCGGACUGGAGCCGAUCACUUAUGCUGACAGGAUGCACUUUGUACCAGGACUGGCAAAGCCUUGGUUUCCUCCCUGGGACCGUGGAUGGAAAGAUCCGACUCACUAUACGUCCCCCAAACUAGAAGACAUGCCUCUACAUAAAGACAAACCCUGUUACAUGUUUAAUCAGAGGACGAAUGUGCUGGAAGGUGUUCGACAAGCCCUCUGGCUCAGUAAGUCAGUCAUCAUUAAAGGUUUACCUGCUCAGAUUCUCACCCUGGCUGAAGAUGCAGCCAAUCAGAUCGAGAAUCAAGAUGAGAGAGUACAGGACGCCAUUAAAAACUCCAGGCUGUGGGACACUACAGAACCCCGGCCGCCCAGAGAGAGGUUCUGUCCCUCGCUCUUGCACAGACUGCUUCACCUGUGUGGCGGCCUGCAGGUCACUCGUCCUGAGCUGGCCAAGAGGAUUCUUGCUGAGAAAUACAGUUUGGCAGCGACCUGGAGGAGAGGAGAGGACGUGUUCCAGGUCAGAGGUCAGAACGGGUUUCUGUUGAACUCCAUGACCCCUGUACCCGUGUUGGCUGGAGAGGAGCAGAUCCAGAGCACUGCUGAUCAGGCUCUGGAGACCUUCUACCCCAUCGCGCCCACCAUCGACCUGCAGUGCACACACGUCUACCAGGAGAAGAACGACACAGGUUUCAGAGAGGGCUAUCCUUACCCUCAUGCCCACACUCUCUUCCUGAUGGAGAUGGGAAACACCCCAAAGCUCUUGCCUGAGCAGCUCCGUGCUAAGAUGGUAAUGUUCACCUUUGGAAACGCGCUGGCCCGAGCACAAGCCCUGUACGGGAAAGAGCCCAGAGUUCUGGAGAAGCCCAUCGUGGUGCAGAGUGUGGCCACUAAUGGCCGUCUCUUCCAGUUCGUGGUGUUUCAGCUCAACACCACUGACCUGCAGUCUGACAGCGGAGUGAAGAAUCUGGUGUGGGUGGACGAGGACCAGCCUCUCUACAAGUUUGCCAAAGUCCGGCCUUUUAUCAAGAAGAAAGUUGUCAAGGUCCCUGCUGGUUUGUCAGGAUAUCAGCCUAACACCUUCAACAAGUUCCUGGCGCUCUACCUACAUGGAGCAGCGUGAGCAGACCAAAGCACCUCUGUCACACUUCAAUAUCUCAUUAAAUAUACUAAAAUAAAGAACUCUGAAUAAAAAGUUGGUCUAAA